AUGCUGGACCAAAUGGCAAACGAGAUCAAGCUGAUUUCGGGCAGCUCCCACCCGGAGCUCAGUGCUCUAGUCGCUAAUCGACUCGGCAUUAACAUUGCCAACACGAUGAGCCUCAACUACUCCAACCAGGAAACUAGUGUUUCCAUUGGCGAGUCGGUUCGAGAUGAGGACGUCUUCAUUCUCCAGUCUACGGCGCCGGGAGACGUCAACGACGGCCUCAUGGAGCUGCUCAUCAUGAUCCACGCCUGCCGAACCGCCUCGGCCAGGCGCAUCACGGCCGUCAUUCCCAAUUACCCCUACGCGCGGCAGGACAAGAAGGACAAGUCCCGCGCGCCCAUCAGCGCUAGGUUGAUUGCCAACAUGCUGCAGGUCUCCGGCUGCAACCAUGUCAUAACUAUGGACCUGCAUGCCUCCCAGAUCCAGGGCUUCUUCAACGUCCCCGUAGAUAACCUGUAUGCCGAGCCCUCCGUCCUCCGGUGGAUCAGCGAGAACCUAGACGUCGAGAACUGCGUCAUUGUAUCCCCGGAUGCCGGCGGUGCGAAGCGUGCCACCUCGCUGGCUGAUCGUCUCAACACCGGAUUUGCUCUGAUUCACAAGGAGCGUCCCCGGCCGAAUGUCGUGGGCCGAAUGGUUCUUGUCGGUGACGUCCAGGAUAAGGUGGCCAUCCUGGUGGACGACAUGGCGGAUACCUGCGGAACUCUGGCCAAGGCGGCAGAAACUCUCAACAGCCACGGCGCUCGUCAAGUUUUUGCCAUCGUAACGCACGGUAUUCUUAGCGGCACCGCCAUUGAUACCAUCAACAACUCACAUCUGUCCGGCCUUGUCGUCACCAACAUUGGCGACAAGACUGAGCGAUGCCCCAAGCUCAAGGUCAUCGAUGUGUCUGGCACUCUUGCCGAGGCUAUUCGUCGAACCCACAAUGGCGAAUCGGUCUCAUACCUGUUCACGAAUGUUCCCGUCUAG